GAUGAAAAUGUGAAGAGGGAGGCCGCUGCUCUUAGAGCAGAAUUCCAAAAUGGACCAACCACACCAAUAAUAGUGAAUCCUCCAUCAGAGACACUAAAACAAGCUGAAAAUGAAGGUAUUGGUGUUGCUGGAACAAUUGGUUUAAUUGUUGGUGGCAUUGUUGUGAUAGCACUUGCAAUACUGUUUCGCUGACUACUUCCAGUAAUUAAUCCAGUUUUAUACCGAACUGUUUAUAUGGCUAUUUGAGAUGGUUGUAGGGCUCAAAGAAAAUGAUUUUUUAAACUGACUUUAUAAAAUGAGAGCUGUUCAAAUACACUGAAUAAGAUAUAUUCACCUCUUGUGUCCUACAAAUGUUCUAUGUAUAAAUAUUCUAUUUUGUUAACCUCUUUUUAAACAAUUCAUGUAUAGGAAGUUUUGUACUUUGUAAUAAUGAGAAAGAGAGAAAUGUGUUAAUGGAGAAAUAUAUGAUAGUUUCAUAAUUUCAAAAUUAUUUUAAUAUAAAUGAGAACUUGUCAAUGAAAAUUAUGUAAACAAUAAAAUUAUAUAAACUUAUCGACAAAACUACUAAAAUAAUGGAACAUUCAGUAUGUGUUAUUAGCAAGAUCAUAAAAAUGAAAUGAAACAAUGUGAAUGUUAACAUACUUUUUUGGAGAAUUAUACCCUGUGGAUGAUUUUCCCUCUAGAUGUUAUUUUCUAUUGUUUUACAUUUUUGUAAUAAUAAGAUUUUAUGUAUGUUUUACUUAUGAUAAAGUUUAGCAAGGAAAAU